UAUUUAGAUAUUUACUUAUGAUAUCUGUAUUGAUGUGUUAUAUUUUAUGUCAUGUCAUUGGAAAUGCAUACUAUAUUAAUACAUAAAAUGUCAUAAAAAAAUGUCACAAAAGGAGGAUUCAAAUAGCGUUCUGAACCACUGAUCGGUUGUUAGAACCUAGCCCCUAAUGACUGGUGAUUCAACCAAGAAUAGGGAUCCACUGGGAUUGAAUACUAUUUAAUAAUACAGCAUUUUGUCUUCUUGACCACGGGUUUGUAUGUAAAUAUUUUUUUAAAUGGGGUUGUUUGGUGGAUAUUUUCUUGAUCAUCUGCAUGCUUUUAUAAUUUGUUAAUGAACCAUUAAUAUAAAGGACAACAAUAACUUUGUACUUUUCUUUUUUUUUGCUAAAUAGCAUGUUUGUUUUUAUAUUUUAAGACCCUACAAAUUCCAAACGCAAGUUAUGUUUAUAAAUGUGUAGAAAAUAUGUAACACAAAAUCAAUCAAUCAAUUACUGCAAAUAAAAGCUGAUAACAUUUUAUCUAUUUAUUUUAAUUUCUAAUUAAUACAAAAAAAUAAAAAUAAACUUUGAUGCAAGAGCAGGCGGUUUGUGGGUUUAGGGAAGGUGGGAUGGUUGGGCCGGAGAUUGACUGUGAUUUGGGAAUCUUUUGAGUUUUUUACGUUAUUUAAAAAAUAAUAAUAAUAAAGCCAAUUUAUUUAGGAUGAAAUUUAAGCAAGCAGAAAAAACUAAUAAUAUCUGUAUCUGAGAAAGCUUGAAUUGUCUACAUUUGCGUUACCGGGCACCCAGCUGCCAGCUUCAUGAAUGAAUGGCAAAUGGCCACACUUCACGAAUGGCAAUGGCCAAAGCACCAGACACGAACACCCUUGAAUUCAGAUUUCUCUGGCCUCUCCGCACUUCUCUCUUUGAACCCAACCAAAAGCUGAAGAAUUAAAGCUUUGCAAAAUCAAAACUUUAAAAUAAUGAUUAGGCGAAAAGAUUGAUUUGUUCAUCAUUUUUCUGCAAAUUCCUCUUAAAACUCUCAUUGUUUCUCGACGUCUUAUGCUUCAAUAUUAUUGUCACUGGUUCUGAUCUGUUUAUUAUCUUCGGGCCUCUUUCUCUGGUUGCUGGAUCUCCCAUUAAAUUCUAACUUUAUUGGGAGCUGAAUUCUAUAGAGGUUUAGAAGAUGGCGCCGGAGAUCAGAGAAGGAGCAGCGUCGUCGUCGUCGUCGGGAGUGGUGCCGGGGCCGUACCACGACGAGAUGAUGGUGUGCCAAUUUGCCAGUAUGAACACCUUCUCUGGCUCUAUAUGGUUCGGAAACUCACCUUUAGCCUUCAGCACCCCUGUUCUAAUGCUCCAAUUAAUCCUCAUCUUCUUCAUCUCUCGACCUCUUCACCUCUUUCUAAAGCCUCUCGGACAAAGCCAGAUGACCGCUCAAAUCAUCGCAGGUAUAAUAAUGGGGCCAUCCUUUCUGGCAAGAGACACAACUUACAGAGAGCACUUGCUUCCUCCGGGCUGCAGAUUGAUUCUCCGGACGGUGGCCGAUGUCGGCUUCAUGUUUCAUCUCUUUCUACUCGGAGUCCAGAUCGACGCAAGCAUGUUCAAAAAGGUCACCAGGACUUCUCUGCUAAUAGCAACCAUCGGCUUCACCCUCUCCUACCUCCUCGCCUCCAUCGCCUGGUUCUCCCUGUCCAGGAUGACGCCCGUCGACGAAGGCCUCAUUCACUCUCUCCCCCUUCUCAUCACCUUGAAUUCCGUUUCCUCGUUCCCGGUAAUCACCAGCAUCCUCGCCGAUCUCAACAUUCUCAACUCGGAGAUGGGCCGCCUGGCCACCUUCACCGCCAUGAUCGCUGACAUGUGGUGCGUAUUCGUGGGGAGGGUGGGGGCCAAGUUAGCCCUAGCUCUGCGGACCUCAGAAUGGAGCGGUCUCUGGUCCAUUCUCUGGGGCCUCAUCUACGUAGUCAUCGUCGCGUACGUGUUCCGGCCAUGGCUGCUGAGGAUGUCACGGCAGAUAGAUGAACAGAAGCUGAUGACAGAUUCUCACGUCAUAUCCAUUCUCGGCUUGGUGUUGAUAUGCGGGCUGCUUUCGGAAAUUAUGGGCACCAACGCUGGGUACGGGGCGUUCGUGCUGGGCUUGGCAGUGCCUGAGGGGCCGCCGGUGGGGGAGAAUUUGGUGUAUAAGCUGGAGGCGGUGUCGAGCGGGCUGUUUCUGCCGGUGAAGUAUGCGUUCACAGGGAUGAGCAUGGACUUACUUUCGGUGAGGAAUAGCAAAGGGAUGGUGAUAGAGCUUGUCAUCGCGUUUGGCUACAUCGGCAAGUUCUUGGGGACUCUUCUCACCGGCCUUUACUGUAGAUUGCCGGGCGUGGAUGCUAUGUCUCUUGCUUUGAUCAUGUGCUGCAAAGGCAUCGUCGACAUUCAUCUCUGUGAUCGUUGGCGCGAUAAUGGGGUUCUGGACAAGAAAGAAUAUACGCUUAUGAUAAUCACAAUGCUGAUUGUAUCAGGGCUAGCCAGACCCCUGGUAGGGCACCUCUACGAUCCAUCCACAAGGUACAUGAUCCCAACGAGGGGUUCCCUUCUUCAGUCGAUUCGCAAUCACGAUAUUGAUCUUCGAAUACUGGUUUGCAUACACACAGAAGACAAUGUCCCGGCCAUGAUUAACCUGCUUGAAGCUUCCAAUCCCACCAAGGACAACCCGCUUUCGGUCUUCGUCCUGAGCCUCAUGGAGCUCAAAGGCAGGGCUAUUUCAGUAUUGGUGCCCAAUUAUCAAAAGGGCACCUUCAGCUCCAAAUACGACCAUUCUAGCCGCAUCGUAGAAGCCUUCAAUCAGUACACUCAGAGCGUUCGGGGGAGCCUCUGCUUGGAGCAUUUCACAGCCUUGGCGCCUUAUUCCAGCAUGCAUGAUGAUAUUUGCAUGCUGGCUGUGGAUAAAAGGGUAACCUUAGUGAUUGUGCCCUAUCACAAGCAGUGGACCAUUGAUGGAACAGUGGGGGCUGUUUUCCCGUGCAUAAGGGUCGUGAACCAAAAUGUCACCAACAAGGCCCCCUGCUCCGUCGGAGUACUGGUGGACCGGACUCAGGAGAUGGGUGGCAGCUGGUCGCUUUCGACCAGGCGGUCGCUGUUUCGGGUGGCCAUGCUCUUCCUUGACGGUGCUGAUGACCGCGAGGCGCUCACAUACGCCAGAAGAAUGGCGGAUCAUCCCCAAGUCACCCUCACAACAGUAUGGAUCAGGCAGGCAUUGCCUCAUGGUAGGGUGAGGACAACGAUAGAGGACAAAUUCGAUGUAAGUUUCAUGAAUGAGUUUGAUGUUGACUCCAAAGGUAAGGGCAAGGUUACUUUCAAAGAGGAAAUGGUGGAAGAUGCUGAGGGAACUACAAGAGUGAUCAGAUCUAUGAAGGAGGAUUUCGACUUGUUCGUGGUUGGUAGACACCAUGAACCCGAUUCGCCUCUUGUGUCGGGCCUAAUAGAAUGGAGCGAGUGCCCCGAGCUCGGAGUUAUAGGCGAUUUGUUGGUGACUUCUGAUUUCGGGUUUUCAGUUUUGGUCGUGCAACAACAGCCACCAAGAGCUGCUUUUCCGGUAAAAAGGUCCUUAAAGUGGCUAAAUUUUGGUGGCAGUACUAGGAGUAGUGUUAGUUUAGGUUCAGGAUUUGAUCCAUAUCGCUCUUAUAUGUAUACUGAUCAUGCAAUGCACUGAAUGCAGGCUUCUACAUAAAUUGUACGUACUAAAGGAAGGACUGGAACUAAACUAAAAUUUCAUAGGAAUUAAGGAUAUUCCACAGCAAUGGCUGCCCACUGUAAUGGUGGGGAGGCAUUAUCAGUGAGAAAUUAUACACUACCUACCUUAUUGCAAGCAUGGCAAGGAAAUAUAAUUUAUCCACAAGCUUAAAAGCAUUUUUUAAUUUAAUUAGCGUUACUAUGAAAUUUUUGUUGUAAAAAAAGAAAAAAGCAAGAGUCUACACGUGUUAACGUUACUUUG